AGCCGGUGGGGCGGCCGGGGGGUGUGGGAGCGCCGCGGGGGGGGGGGGCCGCGGUUCCCGGCCCCACAUCGGCCCCAUGGCAGCCAAGUGGUUCAAGGAGUUCCCCUCCAACCUGAAGACGGUUUCGGAGCGGACCCGGCCGAGCAGCGGCAGCCUCGGCAAGAGCCGCAAGAACUCGGGCGCUGAGCUGGGGGGGGGCCGGGCAGGGCCGGGGGGGGGGCGGCUGUCCCGGGACAACCUCCAGGGUCUGCUCCAAGCUGCCACCGGGAAGAUGCGGAAGAACUGCCGAGUGGAGGGGGGGGCACCCGAGGGGCCCCCCAAACCCUGCGGCACAUACAUCAACCGGCUCAUCAAGGUGGAGGCCCCCGAGAGGAACGGGAAGGGGCAUCCCGGCCCCCCCCCCGCAGCCGAGCAGGACAAGGGCAGGACCCCCAGGACGGAGACGGUCAUCAUCCUGGAGGACUAUGCGGAUCCCUAUGAUGCCAAGCGCACCAAGGGCCAGCGGGACGCCGAGCGCCUGGGGGAGAACGACGGGUACAUGGAGCCCUAUGAUGCACAGCAGAUGAUCACAGAAAUCCGCCGUCGGGGCUCCAAGGACCCCUUGGUCAAAGCCAUCCUGCUGCUGGACGAGCCUGGGGAGGGGGGGGGCAAGCUGGAGCCGGCCAAGUGGCCGGGGGGCAAGGAGGCGGUGGGCAAGGGGCCGCAGCUCUAUGAUACCCCCUAUGAGCCUGGGGACGGGGUGACCGGGGGCACCCCCGAGCGCAGGCCCAGGGCUGGGGACGGGAGACUGCCUGAAAACGAUGAGCGGCCGGAGGGGGAGUAUGAGCAGCCCUGGGAGUGGAAGAAGGAGCAGAUCGUCAAAGCACUGUCAGUCCAGUUCGAGAGCUCGGAGCGGCCCAAGGAGGAGGCUCCGCGGCAGCACCUCCGCCAGAAGAGCUGGACCCCCAAGAUGCUGAAGCCGACGGGGCCUGAGCACAGCGAAGGGGAGAGGGUGGACCCGGCCCUGGCGCUGGAGAAGCAGCCGUGGUACCACGGAGCCAUCACCAGGGCAGAGGCCGAGAGCCGGUUACAGGCGUGCCGGGAGGCCGGGUUCCUGGUGCGCACCAGCGAGAGCGGCAGCGGCAAGUACUCCAUAGCGCUCAAGACCAGCCAGGGCUGCGUCCACAUCAUCGUUGCCCAGACCAAGGACAACAAGUACACGCUCAGCCAGAGCAGCGGCGGCUUCUCCAGCAUCCCUGAGGUUGUGCAUCACUACUCCACCGAGAAGCUGCCGUUCAAGGGGGCCGAGCACAUGGCCCUGCUGCACCCCGUGCACUGCAAGCUGCAUUAGCACCGCUAAUGCCCCCCCCCCCCUACAGCCCUGCGGUGUGGGGCAGGGGCUGCAGGGGACCCCCCAACCCCGUCCUGCUGCUGGGCACCGGAUCCUGUGCUCUGCUCGCACCGGGACGGAUCCUGCCCCCCCCGCACCGGAGCAGACCCGAGGCCGCGGUGAGGGGCGCAGGGAGGCGAGGCCGUGUAAUGAGUGAUGAAAUAAACGUGUUGGCUGAGA